GUGAGCUGAUGAUGACGUAUUUUCAUUUUUGAGUGAACUAUGUCCUUAACUUUUAUUUAACCUGUGAUUUUCCCCUAACUUCUUUUCUCAGACACGUGGUGUUGUGUUCUGAUGGUCAGCAGGACUGUAUGUAAAUUGUUCGAGAAUAGGCUUAUAAAAUCCAUUGGUUCAUGUGCUGAAGCUCACAGUUCUGAAUGCACUGAAUGAUGGAGUCAGAAAACAUCACUGAAAACAGGAACACUGAACAGAAGAACGACAGCAGCGUCUUUGACAGAGACCUGAGCAGUGAUGAGAUCACCACCAAUAAGGAUGCAGCUGACAACCCUAUACUCUGCAUGAACUUUAUCCAGAGGGAAGCCGUUAAUUACAGAAGAAAGAAAUAUUGUAUGCUGAUCACAGUGUUACUCGGGCUCAUCUUUGUUUUACUGGUGAUUGCCGUUGUAGUGCAACACAAAAAACUCUCAACAGAGAGCGAUCUGAUGAAGAUGAGCUACAUGAACUUGGAAUACAGUGAAGCUUUGAGCAGCCUGGAGAUGAAUUACAGCCGUCUGAAUGGUGAGAGAGAAGAACUACAGAUAAACCUCACCUAUACGAUCCAGAAGACACUGCAGUUGGAGGCCGAGCUGAAGAAGUGGAAUUCAGAAAAAGGGUUAGGCUGGUAUUUCAUAUCCAGAGAGAAGAAGAACUGGACUGAAAGCAGACAGCACUGCAGGGAUCGUGGUGGAGAUCUGGUCAUCAUCCACACUGAAGAAGAACAGAUGCUUGUAUCUUCUAUCACCAAGGAGCGUAACUGGAUUGGUUUGUCUUAUAAUGAGAAUGAGAGUGUCUUAAAAUGGGUGGAUGGUACGCCACUGGAUUUAGGGUUUUGGGUUCAAGGUGAACCGAACGGCUUGGGCAGAAGUGAGAACUGUAUUGAAAUGUUGCCUUCCUCGCAACCCAAAAAUAACUGGAAUGAUGCAGUAUGUUCAAUACAGAACACAUUUAUUUGUGAGCAUUAACUCAUUCUUAUUAAUCUUUCUACUCAUAUAAUAUGACGGUUUACUGUUCACUGUGAGUUAUGUAUGUCGACUGCAAUUGUUUUCACCUUGUUAAAACUCUUCUAAAACAAAUACUAUAUUAGAUUAUAAUUUUUUUGUAAAAGCAUCUGUUAGGUGAACAUUCAUACUUUUGUUAUGUCAGGUUGGGGUUCAAAUGGUUUUUGUUUUUCAUGUUACACAUUGAAAGAGAUCCAUUAAUACAGUGUCUGUCCAAAUCAAAUGUUUGUUGAUUUAUUUGAAGGUAUUGGCUUGUUUAAAUAUUGUUUUGCUAUGUAUGUAAAGGUACAGAUAAUACUUUUGGUACAUGAAUGAGACUGUGUGUUUCAUUAAAAUGCAAUUACAUAAAUUCUUUCAGUAGAUUUUUGAUGUCAAGGUUUUGCAAAACUGAUAGAAAUCAUCUUGGAUAAAAAAGUGGCUUCUGUAUUUAAGUGAUAGCAGAUCUCCAUUAUCCAGUUACUGUGUUCUAACACUGAACCUAAUCUUAACCCAUGUUAAAGGGACACCCUAGUAAAAAACUAUUCAUUUAAAAUGCAUUUAUUUCAUACUUUGAAUAGUUUAAAUGUAUUAACAUAUUUACUGACAUGACUUACUUAUAUAAAAUUAUAAUUGAAAGUUA